AAGGUCUUUUUGUAAGUACUCCUCGCGGUCGCUACGCCGUUCCUUUGUUUCUUUUAUGUAGGCGACUGGAACAACGUUAAAAUACCAUCACGAAGGCUGCAAUCAUACUAUAAAGAACUCUGAAGCGAGUGGCAGCUCUUUUGUUCUUUCCCUGUUCUGUGCGGACCCACAAAAUAGGGUGGACCAGUUAUCUAUCUUGCUUGUCUUUCAUUUUCUUGUUGUUCCUUUCCUUCAGUUCUCCAUCUACUCCUACUCAACCAACUUCCGUCACGCAGGCGUGCAUCUAUUCAAAGGGGCAGGAUCCUCAUCUCAAAACACUCAUUCAUCAACGACUAGCAUAUAACGUUCACUACUUCACGCAUCACUCUCAGUAUUUUCUCAAAAUGUCCACCAGCUCCCUUUCUAAUGCCACCCUUAAUCUAAUGAUAAGGAGACUCCGGCACGCAAAUGCACGCUACUGUCAGAUAGCUCGAGAAGUGCGUUGCAAGUCGCGCCUCACACACCAUGCAAAAGGCUACGCCCGCUUUGUUGGGCUUCAUAUUGACGUUUACAAGGCCAAGAACUGUCCAAGG